AUGGCGGACAAUCCUCCGACACUCAACUGGUCCGCCCAGCUCGCCGUCACACCUCGUCACCGUUCGCCCAAACUCCCCGGCGACAAAAUCACCCUGCCGCAAUCCGCACUUGAACAGCUUCUUGCUGCUGCGCCUCUCCAACCAGUGCCCGGCGUGGCGCGCAACGCUCGUAUCCACACGUCCACCUUUGACCCUUUCAAUCCACACACAUUUGCCGCCGAGGCGCGCGCACGGGAACAAGUUGAGGAUCGGCAACAGGCGUUGCCUCACCCGCUCACCUUUCGGAUCGUGAACCCGCAGAACAACCGGUUCGUGUAUGCGGGUAUUCGAGAGUUUUCGGCGACAGAGAAUGAAGUUGUUUUGAGUACACUGCUGCGCGAGGCACUUGGGAUCAAUGACGGUGGUGAUGAUACGAGGAGUCACGGCGCUGAUGCCGGAGACGGGGACCAUGAGCAGGACGUUGCAGUGCAAAGUGGUGACGAGCGUGCCGUUGUCACUGUGCACGCGAAACAAUUACCCAAAGGAACCUAUGUCCGACUACGGCCUCUGGAGGCAGGGUAUGACCCGGAAGAUUGGAAAGCGUUGUUAGAGCGGUACAUGCGGGACAAUUUCACGACGCUCACAACGGGUGAGAUUUUGACCGUGCCCGGGACACGGAAUGAGUCUUUUCGAUUCUUGCUGGACAAGGUCUAUCCGGAGGGCGAUGGUAUCUGCGUGGUUGACACGGAUCUGGAGGUGGAUAUUGUGGCGUUGUCUGAAGAACAGGCACGAGAGACGCUUCAGAAACGACUGGAGCGUGCUGCGCGAGCGCCGGGAACCACGGAUGGCAGCUCUGUGGGAGGCACAAUCAGCCUUCAAGAAGAGAUUGUGGCUCAAGUAAGGCCUGGGGAGUAUGUCGACUAUGAGCUCCGCGACUGGGACCGGCAUGGGGCGCUGGAGAUUGAGUUGGCGAGCGAUGAGCCAAACGUGUACCUCUUUGCGAGUCCGCUGGGUGCCCGCCAGCAAGGACACCCGCGUGCCGAUAUGCAUGUCUGGGGAGACUACUCGUCUGACCUCUCAAAAAAGUUUCAUAUUCGGCCAACUAAUGUGGCUCUGGAGGGCGCCGAAGCGAUCUAUAUCUCUGCGUAUGCCAGUGCUCUCGAGUCCCACGUGGAAGCUUUGGUCUCGUCAUCGUCGUCCCAACCGCUGAAAUAUACUUUACGUGUGAAAGCAAGGGCAGAGGCAGAGAUGGGCACAAAGGCUCAAGAAGACCUGGGACAAGAGGACCAUGCACCUGGGGACGCUCAGUGCCAGAAUUGUCAACAAUGGGUUCCGGAGCGGACACUCGUCCUUCAUGAAAACUUCUGCCUUCGCAACAACAUUCUUUGCCCAAAAUGCGGCAAUGUCUUCCAGAAACGGUCACCCGAGUGGGCAAAUCACUGGCAUUGCUCUCACGACUCGUCGCACGGUAACGACGCUGUGAGUAAACAAAGCCACGACACAAUAUACCACACGCCACACAACUGCCCUGAUUGUGAUGCGCAAUUCGACGGUCUCCCCGGUCUGGCUCAGCAUCGCACCACCGACUGCCCAGGAAAACUCAUCCUCUGUCAAUUCUGCCACCUCCUCGUUCCUCAACGGGGGGAUUCCGACUCUGACUUCCAUGAUCCUGAAGUCGUCCUCUCGGGUCUCACCCCGCACGAACUCGUCGACGGCGGUCGAACAACAGAAUGCCACCUUUGCAGCAAAAUCGUGCGUCUGCGAGACAUGAACACUCACCUCCGACACCACGAUCUCGAACGGAUCUCUCGACCACCGCCACAAAUCUGUCUGAACCAAAACUGUGGCCGCACCCUCUCCAGCGGCAGCGGAGGCAACAAAUCCUUGGGUCUGUGCAGCAUCUGUUUCGGCCCCUUAUACGUAGAUACCUACGACCCCGAAGGCAAAGCUCUCCGCCGACGCAUUGAGCGCCGCUACCUCUCCCAGUUAAUGAGCGGCUGCGGCAAAGGCUGGUGUCAGAACUCGUAUUGCAAAACGGGCAAGUCCCACUUGCCAUCGAACCCCGAUGACUCCGGUUCCGCAGGUACGCUGAGCGUCGCGGAGAUCACCGCGAUCACCCGCCCGCUCGUUGACCCGAUCCACGUUCAUCCAGAUAUCCCCAACACGGCCCCCUUUUACUUUUGUACCGACGAGACGGGCCAACAUCGUCGAAAUUUGGCCGAGCUGGUAGCUGCACAGGGUGUUGCAGACAGCCAUGACAACAGCGCCGAGCAGACGACGACGAAUCCAAAAAAGACGUAUGAUCUUGCCUGGUGCGUUGCUGCGGCCGAGGCUGCCGGGGGAGAUUUGGACAAGAUGAGGGAGUGGUUGAGUAGAUGGGCACCUGCCAAGGGGGAGACAUCUUCCGCUUUAUAA